CCCCUUCGCGCCAUCUCCUUCCUUUCUCACCAGUCACCCCACGCUCCUCAUUUCCACUCUUCGUUACAUCUGAGCAGUGAGCACACGCGCUCACCAGCACAAGAUCACACGCCCGCCCGCGCGCGCUCGCGAGGAGCAAAUUAACGCGUGGUUUGCUCGAUUCAACAUGGGCAACUGCUGCUUCGGCUCCCUUGACGCGACCGCGAGAUCCCUCUGCCCGAGCAAAGAUCCGCCUCCUGCACGGCAGCUCACAUGGCCAAAGGUGAUCGGCGGCGGCGGCGGGAGGCAAGAGAACGGACGUCCGUGGCCGAGCGCGCCGGGGCCGGGGCAGGUACUUGAGGCACCGAGGCUGAGGGAGUUCACGCUGGCGGAGCUGCGGGCGGUGACGCGGGGGUUCAAGCCGGAGAUGGUGCUCGGGGAGGGUGGGUUCGGCCGGGUCUACAAGGGGUGGGUCGACGAGCGCACGCUCAACCCCACCAAGAGCACCGCCGGCGUCGUCGUCGCCGUCAAGAAGCUCAAUCCGGAGAGCAUCCAGGGCCUGCAGGAGUGGCAGUCCGAGGUCAACUUCUUGGGAAGAUUGUCUCAUCCGAAUCUGGUGAGGCUCCUGGGAUACUGCGGCGAGGACAGGGAGCUGCUCCUGGUGUACGAGUUCAUGUCCAAAGGCAGCUUGGAAAACCAUCUGUUCAGGAGGGGUGGGACACUUGAACCGCUCUCAUGGAUCCUAAGGCUCAAGAUCGCCAUCGGCGCGGCGCGCGGCCUCGCCUUCCUGCACUCGUCGGAGAAGCAGAUCAUCUACAGGGACUUCAAGGCGUCCAACAUCCUCCUUGACUCGGAUUUCACUCCGAAGCUGUCAGACUUCGGGCUCGCCAAGAACGGCCCCUCCGGCGGCAAGUCGCACGUCACCACUCGGGUCAUCGGCACCUACGGCUACGCCGCGCCGGAGUACGUCGCCACCGGUAGGUUCGCGCGGCGCCGCAGGAUCAUCAGUUCACUAGCUCAGCAUGUCACGGCCAGGCCGCUCACAUUGAUGUCCCGCGGGUGUGUGCAUGCAGGCCACCUGUACGUGAAGAGCGACGUGUACGGCUUCGGCGUGGUGCUGCUGGAGCUGCUGACGGGGCUGCGCGCGCACGACCUGAACCGGCCGAGCGACGAGCAGAACCUGGUGAAGUGGGCGCGGCCGUACCUCGCGGGCGGGCAGAAGCAGAAGCUGACGAGCCUCAUGGACCGGCGGCUAGGCGGGCGGUACCCGCCCAAGGCCGCGUUCCAGGCCGCCAGGCUCGCGAACAAGUGCCUCAGCGGCGACCCCAAGAGCCGGCCGUCCAUGGCCGACGUCGUCGUCACGCUCGAGGAGAUCGAGGCCCUGCAGGAGACCGCGGGGUCCAAGGGGCACCAGGAUCUGCCACCGCGGCCAGUCGCACGACGGUCAUCGUCACCUUGUCAUCAUGAUUCUUCCAAGCCGUGUUGAUGCAUGAUUACUUACUUGAUCAUGCUGCUAAUUAAGAACACUUGCAGGCACAGGCCGCACAGCUACA